AUGACUCAACAAAUCCAAGUUGAAAAAGAUAUGCGUAUGCCACAACUAAAGAAAGGGAAAAGAUACCAAACUUUAAAAAACGAAAUGAAGAAAUUACUGCCCAUGAACUUUCUUGGAAUCGUGGUUAUGCAUAUGAUAUGUUUUCAUGACAAAGACAAGCCUAAUGAGCAAAGCAAGGGGAUAUAA